UAUCUCUAGUUCUUCAUGAUUUUCCUCUCCUUCUCUUCAUAUCAAUUAAAUCUCUAAAAACUUUCAUUUCUCUCUCUAUAUAUCUACAUACACAUACAUAUAAGUAUAUAUAUACACAUAUAUACAUAAAUAUACAUAGAGAGAUCAAAAAAUGGAGAACCGUAGUAACAAUAAUGGGCAAUAUGGGCUAAGCUUGGAGGAAUACAUGGAAUUGGGCCCAGUAAUAGAGAGAUACCACAACUUUGAAUCACAACCGAACACGUGUACAUCAGUGAUCACACAAAGAAUCGAUGCACCAGCCAGCGCUGUGUGGGCCCUAGUCCGUCGUUUCGACAAUCCACAAAAAUACAAACACUUCAUCAAGAGUUGCAACAUCAUGACCGGAGACGGCGGUGUGGGGACUAUGAGGGAAGUCACCGUCGUCUCCGGUCUGCCUGCCUCCACUUCGGUGGAGCGGCUCGAGAUGUUGGACGAGGAAAAGCAGGUGCUCAGCUUCAGCGUAGUUGGAGGUGAGCACCGGCUUAAUAACUAUAGGUCAGUUACUUCAGUUAAGGAGUUUGUUAAGAAUAAAAACGGAAACGACAUUGAGUUGAAUCAAAACGACAGUGAAUUGAGUGGAAACGACAGUGGUGACGUGUACACUGUUGUGAUAGAAUCUUAUGUUGUGGAUAUUCCUGAUGGGAAUACAACUGAAGAUACUAAAAUGUUUGUUGAUACGGUCGUUAAGUUAAACCUUCAGAAACUUGCUCUACUCGCUAUUACUUCUUUUAACGGCGCUAAUGACGGACCUGACGGAACUAACGGCAACGGACGUCAGUAGUAGUGAUGAUAUUAUUUCAUUAAGCGCUAAACGCUGCGUUUUAUGCUUUUUUUUUUUACUGAUUUGUUAUUUGGUGUAAUUCAUCGAUAUGCAAUAUUUAAUAUUUAAUAUUUAAAGAUAUAAUAUAUCUCUUUCUACGUAGGCUACUUCAA